AUGGAGACAGACCCUAAUAUUAAUCAGGUUGAUGAGCCCUCCUCAAAUGUGCAAAUCAAACAUUAUGAAUUUACAAGGUUUUCAAAGUUCGAAAAAGUUGGCACUGGUGCUUAUAAGAAAUUAUAUAGAGCUAUUUCGGAAAAUGACGAUAUGACCGUUGCUUUGAAACCAGUGGAUAAUAAAUAUGGAAAAGAAAUUUUAAACGAGAUUAAGUUACAAGUCAAUGUUAAUCAUCACCCAAACAUUAUCAGAUUUUAUGGAAUUACAGAAGUUUCAUCAUUUUUUGUUGAUUUUGUGAAUGAUUUUAAAGAGGAACAUGUUCCAGGGACUCCAGAAAACUAUAUUCAAAUAUAUACUGAAUGCUGGCAAAGUAAUAGUUCAAGACGCCCGGAAAUUGAAGAAGUUGCUAAUUCACUUAAAAGGUUAAUGUCUAGUCAUCAUGAGUCCGUUUCCGUCACUGAGAAAAUAAAUGAUAGGGAGAGUAAGAAAUCUAUCGUAGAAAAAUAUUCUAAAACGAAGGAACAAGUUAAAACAUAUAAUUUAAUUUUUGAUAAAGAAUUUAUAAUGCACAAAGAAAGUAAUAUAAUAAGAAAUGAGCGUUUAUUAGAAACUCAGUUAGAAUUCAAAGAUGAUAAUAAACAUUUACAAGAAAUGCAAGUAGACCUUAAUCUAGCAGAAAGAGUUGAUAGUAAAGUUAUAGCACAUCAGUCUGUCGAUGACUAUAUUCAACCAUUCGGUCCUUUAUUUAACACGGUCGCGGAAAUAGUUAGCAAAAUGAUAACAAUAUGUGAAACUGCAGAGUGUAGUAAAAAGAUAUGCUCUGCUUUAUUGUUUCGUGCUGAAAUAGCACAAACUUGUAUGAAACAUUUGCAAAGAAAACGUCAAGCUAAUGCUAAAAACUUUCGAAGACAAGAAUAUUAUCUUAUCUGGGUCAAAUUUACUAAUGUUUUAAAGAAUAUGAUGAUAUUUACUGAAGAGAUUGCGCAAUUAUCGUGGUUUCGAAAGUUUUCAAAUAUCAAUAUGGUUAUAGACGCUUUUUAUGCAAAUAUUGUAGAAUUCGAAGAUUCUUGUUAUGAUUUAGAUUUAACUGUAGGUGUGUACAGCGCUGAACAAAGGGAAAAGGAGGCACAAGAUGUAGCCUAUGAUAUUCUGAUUUUGAAAAAGUCGAUGGACGGAAUGCAGCCAGAAACUAAAACAUUAACCACAGAGAUUGCUGCAUUGAAUGCAGCGAAACAUUCAUUAAAAAAUGCUACACCUGAAAUUAUAGCUUCAAACGUUCCAAGAAAGGUGUGCAAAAUACCUAGAAUAAAUUCUGAAGAGCUAUUCGAACCACCUCCUUCUAAGGAUAAUAAUAUACGUGGUUCAAUCAUGAAAAAAAUCUUUCAAAAAGGGUUUGUUUACGUUAAUAUGGAUGAAACAUUUAGAUGGUUGGCUCCAGAAAGAAUGAAAAAUCCUAUUCCUCGAGAACUUGCUAGAAUUAUUAAAUCAGAAGAUCCUUCGUCUCGUCCUUUGGAUUUAGAGUUACAAUUAAAAUUUGGUGAACUUUGUAAUAAAUAUGUAUACUCUAAUAAUUCACAAGAUAAUAGAACGUUAGAUUUUGAAUUGCAUCGAAAUCGAAAUAGUUCUCAUCUUAUCCCACAGAGUUUUAACGGAACUUUAUUUGAUGUAUCUAAUGUAAAGGCAGAAUUAUAUAUUAAAUUGGCAACUCUAAAAAAUCAAUCUAGAGCUGCUGAAUUCUUAGAAAAAAUACAUAAAGAAUCAACAAAUGAAUCUGUUUCUAGAGAAAUUGAAACCGAUGAUUCAAAAACUAUAGCUAUUAUUGGGAUAGUCGAAAAUGAUGAUUCAAAAACCAUAGUGAUUAAUGAAGCAAUGGUAAUUGAACGACCAGUAAAUGAAGCAUUAAAUGUUGAAGAAUCAACGAAUGAAAUGGUCACUGAAGAAACUAAUGUUGAAGAAUCAAUAAAUGAAAUGGUCACUGAAGAAACUAAUGUUGAAGAACCAAUUAUUACUGAAGAAACGAAGGUUGAAGAGUCAAAGGAUGAAAUGAUUGCUAAAGAAAUUAAUAUUGAAGAUUCAAAGAAGACAAUCACUGAAGAAACUAUAGCUGAAAAUGAUAUGAUUAUUGAAGAAACUAAAAGUAACGAAUCAAAGAAUGAAAUGAUUGCUGAAGAAACAAAAGUUGAAGAAUCCAAAAAUGAAGAGACUAAAGUUGAAGAGUCAAAUAAUAUGAUUGCCGAAGAAACUAAAAUUAAAGAAGUAAAUGAUGAGAUAACCGAAGAAAUUAAAGUUGAAGAAUCAAAAUAUGAAAUUAUUACCGAAGAAGCUAAAGAUAAAGAACAAAAAAAUGGACAGGUUAAUCAAGACUCGGAAGUUGGCGGAGAUAUGAAAGAAUAA